AUGGGAAAUGAAUCUCAAUUGGCACCACCAAAAAAUGGCUCAGGAAGCCAAAAUGCUAAAAAUAGAUCGAAAAGCAAAACUAUCAUCAACUUAGAUGAAGGAAAUGAUGUCAGGACUACAAAGCGUCUAGUAUUUGAUCCAGAUGAGGACGAGAGGCUAGUUAGUGCAUGGUUGUUUCACUCGAAUGACCCAAUCAAUGGGAAUUGCAAGAAAAAUGAGAGCUACUGGGGUGAUGAAGACUUCUUAGAGGCACAAGAACGUAUUACUGAUAAGAAGUUUGAAACAGCAAGGAUUAGGAGCGACGCGCACGCGCCGCAUUGCUCGUUUCUUGGCGUCACCUGCUCCGCGGCCGGCGCCGUCGCCGCGCUCAACCUCUCCGGGGCGGGGCUCUCCGGCGGGCUGUCCGCGUCCGCGCCGCGGCUCUGCGCGCUCCCGGGCGACGAGCUCUCCGUGCUCGACCUCAGCGGGAACGGCUUCACGGGGGCCGUCCCCGCCGAGCUCGCUGCGUGCGCCGGCGUCGCCAGCCUCCUCCUCGGCGGUAACAACCUCUCCGGCGGGGUUCCACCGGAGCUGCUCUCCUCGCGCCAGCUUCGGGAGGUCGACCUCAACAGCAACAAGCUCACCGGGGAGAUCCCCGCCCCCGCAGGAACGCCGGUGCUCGAGUACCUCGACCUCAGUGGCAACUCCCUCUCCGGCGCCAUCCAGCCGGGGCUCGCCGCGCUCCCGGAUCUCAGGUACUUAGACCUCAGCGGCAACCAGCUCACCGGGCCAAUGCCAGAGUUCCCGCCCCAUUGCAGGCUCGAAUACCUCGGCCUCUACAGCAACCAGAUCGCCGGCGAGCUGCCCAAAAGCCUCGGCAACUGCGGCAACCUCACCUUCCUGUACCUAUCCUACAACAAUAUCAGCGGCAAGGUGCCCGAUUUCUUCGCCUCCAUGCCCAAUCUGCAAAAGAUCUUCCUUGACGACAACCAUUUCGUCGGAGAGUUGCCGGCGAGCAUUGGUGAGCUGGUGAGCUUGGAAAAGCUGGUGGUGACGGCGAACGGGUUCACCGGCGCUGUCCCGGAAACAAUUGGGAAAUGCCAGUCUUUGAUUAUGCUGUACUUAAACAGCAACAAGUUCACCGGCUCGAUUCCGCUGUUCAUCGGCAAUCUGAGCAGAUUGCAGAUGUUCUCAAUAGGAGCAAAUGGCUUUACUGGGAGCAUUCCACCAGAAAUUGGGAGAUGCCAGCAAUUGGUGGACCUUCAAAUCCAUAAUAACAACCUUUCCGGGACAAUACCGCCGGAGAUCGGUGAGCUAAGCCGACUACAGAAACUCUAUCUGUACAACAACUUACUCCAUGGUUCAGUUCCUCCAGCAUUGUGGCAAUUGGCUGACAUGGUGGAGUUGUUUCUCAAUGACAACCAACUAAGUGGUGAAAUUCAUGCGGAUAUCACUCAAAUGAGGAAUCUAAGAGAGAUCACCUUGUACAACAACAACUUCACUGGAGAACUGCCACAAGCCCUGGGGUUGAACACAACACCGGGACUUCUUCGUGUUGACCUCACUCGCAACCGCUUCCGUGGUGCGAUUCCACCAGGAUUGUGCACAGGAGGCCAGCUCGGCAUUCUUGAUCUUGGAUUCAACCAGUUUGAUGGCCCCUUCCCUAAUUGGAUAGCUGAAUGUCAGUCUCUGUACAGGGUUAAUCUGAACAACAACCAGCUCAGGGGGAGCUUGCCUGCAGAUUUGAGCACCAAUAGAGGUUUGACGCACAUUGACAUGAGUAGUAAUUUGCUGGAAGGGAGGAUACCAAGUAGUCUUGGUUCAUGGUGCAACCUUACAAGGCUCGAUAUAUCUGGCAACAAUUUAUCAGGUCCAAUACCACGUGAACUUGGAGCUCUAAGUAUUCUUCGGACUCUGCGCAUGUCAUCGAACAAGCUGACCGGAGCAAUACCACAUGAGUUGGGAAACUGCAAGAGGCUUGUCCAUUUGGAUAUUGGAAAUAACCUUCUAAAUGGAAGUAUACCUGCAGAAAUCACAACACUUAGUGGCCUGGAACAUCUUUUGCUUGGUGGAAACAAUCUCACUGGAACAAUUCCCGAUUCGUUCACCACAGCGCAAAGCCUCCUUGAGCUGCAACUUGGUAACAAUAAUUUGGAAGGAGCCAUCCCUGAAAGCUUAGGCAACCUUCAAUACAUAUCCCAAAGUCUGAAUGUUAGCAACAACAGACUAAGCGGCCAAAUCCCACACAACCUUGGUAAUCUUCAGAAGUUGGAAGUGCUCGACUUGUCAAAUAACUCAUUAUCUGGUCCUAUUCCAUCACAGCUAAGCAACAUGAUCUCACUCUCUGUUGUGAACAUUUCGUUCAAUGAGCUAUCUGGUCAGCUCCCUAAUGGCUGGGAUAAGCUCGCAGAACGGUUACCUGACGGUUUUCUAGGGAAUUGUCAGUUGUGCAUACCAUCGGCCAAUGCAUCUUGCUCCAAAUAUCAGUCUGAGAAAAACAGAAGAAGGAAUACGCAAAUUAUUGUGGCGUUGCUAGUGUCAACGCUUGUUCUCAUGGUUGCUAGUUUAGUUGUUAUUCAUUACAUUGUGAAGAGGUCUCAGCGCCUGUCAGCAAACCGUGUCUCAAUGCGCAACAUGGACUCCACAGAAGAACUGCCAGAGGACUUGACAUAUGAAGACAUUCUUCGGGCCACUGAUAACUGGAGUGAGAAAUAUGUCAUUGGAAGAGGACGGCAUGGCACUGUCUACCGGACCGAGCUUGCAGUUGGAAAGCAGUGGGCAGUCAAGACAGUUGAUUUGUCCCAAUGCAAAUUCCCUAUAGAGAUGAAGAUUUUAAACACAGUGAAGCACCGGAAUAUUGUGAAAAUGGCUGGGUACUGUAUCCGUAACAAUAUCGGCCUAAUUCUCUACGAGUACAUGCCUGAGGGAACACUCUUUGAGCUAUUGCAUGAAAGAACACCUCAAGUAGCCCUUGACUGGGAGAUCCGACAUCAGAUCUCCCUUGGUGUGGCAGAAAGCUUGUCCUAUCUUCACCAUGAUUGUGUGCCCAUGAUUAUUCAUAGGGAUGUCAAGUCAAGCAACAUCCUAAUGGACGCUGAGCUUGUACCAAAGCUCACAGAUUUUGGCAUGGGGAAGAUAAUUGAUGAUGAGGAUGCAGACGCGACAGUGUCCGUUGUUGUUGGCACCCUCGGCUAUAUUGCUCCAGAGCAUGGAUACUCGACACGGUUAAGUGAGAAGAGUGAUGUAUACAGUUAUGGAGUAGUACUUCUUGAACUGUUGUGCAGGAAGAUGCCUGUGGAUCCUGCAUUUGGAGAUGGCAUAGAUAUUGUUACUUGGAUGAGAUCAAAUCUGAAUCAGGCAGAUCACUCCAAAACCAUGAGCUGCCUGGAUGAGGAGAUAAUGUACUGGCCUGAACAUGAGAAAGUGAAGGUAUUGGACUUGUUGGAUCUAGCAAUGUCCUGCACGCAGGUUUCUUGCCAGUUAAGGCCAUCCAUGAGGGAGGUGGUGAGCAUCUUGAUGAGGAUAGACAAGUAAUCAUGUGCAGUUGUUUGAGGCUCCACAACAUCGACUGUCUUUUAAGUUAAUAUUAGUGAAAUGGAAGAUGAAAUUGUACAGUGUAUUCCAUCAUGCUGUAAUUAUGUUUUGCAGACAUUGAUAAGAGCCUGAAGAUAUCCAAAUUUUACAAUAGUUUUCAUAUUUUUUUUCCUACAUGAGUCCACAUUAUACAGAAUACAGUUGCAGCCUAGGGUCCAACCCUUUUCUUGCAGGAUUGCAGAAAAAACAGCAAGUUGAUCUGCAGUGAAAAACAUCAAACAGAUUUGCAGUUGCCAAGAAUUAGCCUUAU